UAAAUAAAACCUUUUUUUUUCUUUUUUACCUUGGCAUCCAAGGCCCUAUGUGGUCUAGAGUUUUGUUCAUUACUCCCUAUAUACUUCAGCCACACUAUUUUUUUUUUCUCCCUGUGCUGGCGUCUUGCAUCUGCUCUCUCUCACUGGAAUGCUGCUCCCCGACCCCCGGCACCUGGCUUUUUUGCAUGACUGAUUUAUUCCUUAACUUUACUAUAAGUCCAGAGUUUGCAGCCUGUUCUGUAGGUUCAAGCCACCACUUGUAAAGGAGAAUAAGUUAAGAUCAAAUUUAUCACCCUUGUGGGGAUGGGAAACAAUAUAGAGCUCACACACCUCAGGGCAGUGACAACAUAUGAGGCUAAUUAUCUGGGCUUGGUUUGGUGAAAUUUUUUUUUAUAUUUUCUUACAUUGUAGGAGAAAUAUUUUUUAUUGUGAGAAAUUCCUACCUCCUUCCUUCUCAUUUGCUAAAUACAUGUUAGAAUCUGCCCUUACUUGUUAUUUUCUCACUUUUAAGCAAAUUUAAUAACAAGAUAGCAGCUAUUAUCAUUAUCGUUUUGGAGGGUUUCCUGGGGACUGUGCAUUAUCCUAUUAUCUUAAAUACAUGAGUUAAUUUGUGUAACCCUGAUAAUGAUCAUAUUGUGUGGAAGGUACUAUUAUCCUUACUUUACAGGAAAUAAAACAGAAUUGUGAAUGAUUAGAAAGUGGCAAAGCCAGGAUUUGAACCCAGAAGUAUGGCCCUGGAGCCCUUGUUUCAAACUACCUUGUAUUAGGCUCAUUUCAUCUUCAAACUCAGAUCUUCCAGUCCUUAGGUUGGUCCCCACGUUGAUGCUAUGUCUGGAUAUCCCGUCUAGUCUAUAGGGUGAAUGUACACCUUAAAUGCUUGCUGAUGACACCGAGGUGGAGACGGUGUAGUCUCUGACUUCAGGAAGCUCGUAGGCUAAAGAGGCAGUUCUAUGGGUGAAACAACGGGUCGAUCACAAGAACUAGGGAAUCCUGCCCUUCAUUCCCUGUGCUCCUUGACCACACCCAGCUGUUGACUCAAUCGCCUCGUCUUGUGGUCCCUGUCAUUGGCUCUUCACCUAGCUGGGUGGGCUGCUGUCUUGUUUUGAAUGAUAAAUGUAUGGGUCAGGGUUCUGACAGGAAACAGAUAGUGGGCAUGGGGGGUGUGGGCGAAGAGAAUUUCCUGAAGGAACAUUUACAGAAGUAUGAGCAGGGUUGAGGGAACCAACAAGGGAUGGUGAAGCACCUGAGACUAGCAACAGCAGGAAGACAUUACCCCAAGGCUUGAAGGGCAAGAAGAAGACAUGGUGUUUCCCACACGAGGAGGGCUGGAGCCUUGGACGAGGGAAUGGUUACCGGACAGCAACUCUGCUAUAGAAGAGUGCAGCCCCUGGAGUCAUGGUGCUGUAUCUUUCUGCUGAUGACUUCCUUUGGAACAUCCACUGGAAUUCCAAGGACAAGGAGGCUUAGAUGGAGCAGAUUAAAAGGGCAAAUAAACUGUUUACCAAUGAUUGUAUAUUUCUGAAGAAAACUUUGAACAUCCCAGUUAUAUCAGAGAAGCCUUUGUUGUUUAAUGGACUUAACUCAAUAGAUUCUCCAGAAAGUGAAACUGUUGGUAGCAGUUUUUCUCAUGAAGAAGAGCCCAUGGCAGCUGGGGAAGACCUUUCUCCUCCCAGUCCUCAAGAAUCCGAUGUUCAGCCUGUACAGCCUGAAGAAGUGUCAGCUAGAGAUUUCCUGCAGAGACUAGACUUGCAGAUUAAGUUGUCAAAACAGGCAGCCAAGAAACUAAAAGAAGAGAGCAGAGAUGAAGAAAGCCCCUAUGCAGCUUCCCUCUAUCACAGUUAGAUGAUUGGGGUGAUCAUCUAACCUGGAUUAAGAGAUAGCUGGAUCAUAAGGAAACCAACAACCGAAGAUUUGAAAGCGUGCAUCGUUAAAUCGCAAUUUAGUAGGUCCACCUCCUGCAGUUGCACUGACGUGAUUAUUUCCCUCUGGCUUUCUAUAAUUCUAAGUCCCUAUUACGGCAUGAGAGCAAAAUUGUAUCCUAAAGCUCAUCACUUUUGUAGGUGAUGGUAGUUUUUAGACUAGUUUUGUAAAUACUAGUUAACAUAAAACAUCAAAGACUAUAUACAUCUUCAAGCUGAAAACAAUGUUGAUCUUCUGAGAAAUCCUAAUUAUGUGACAUACAUGGUUGCUGUUGAAGUGAUGCUGAUUUUGCUAUGUGUUUAUAACUUAAGUGCUAUAUAUUUCGAUAUGCAUUACAUAUUCUGUAUUAAUAUAAAGAACCAAAUUUUGUCUGCUAUUUUGUAAAAAUAAACUACAAAAGCCUGAAUGAGAAAAUAAACUAUGUUUUCAUA